UUCAUUUUUAGGUCAAUUCCUUUGGUUGCCGUACACAAGUCCAGCAUCUCUAUCCGCUCCCUUCUGAGCGUGAAGCCACGUGCGGUGCGUUAUACUAGAAAACAUCUAAGAACUACUGUAGCCCGCCAGUGAUGGCGCUCGUCUGGGUUUCCUCCCCUUCUCGCUUCCUCCACAAGAACCCAAACUCAAUUCCCUUCUCCUCCCCAAUCCAUCCAUUCUCACUCUGCAUUCUCACUGUUCGAACCACCAAAACCCAUGGAGUGAGUAAAGCCAGUGGGCAGCAGGACCCUUCCCUCUUGAGAAAGCCCUUGGUCACGUCUACAUUGCCCGCUGAGGAGGCAGAGGAGAAGGGGAAGCGGGCGAAGGCGGCGGAUGGCUGGCUCGACUGGGAGGAUCAGAUUCUUGAGGACACUGUGCCCCUUGUUGGGUUUGUGAGGACGAUCCUUCAUUCUGGCAAGUACAAUAGUGGUGACAGAUUAAUCCCAGAGCAUGAGAAGAUAGUUCUGGAAAGGUUGCUAGAAUAUCACCCUGCAUUUGAGAGAAAGAUAGGUUGCGGAAUUGAUUAUAUAACUAUAGGAUUUCACCCAGAAUUUGAGAACUCACGGUGCCUUUUCAUAGUCAGGAAAGACGGAGAGUUGGUUGAUUUCUCGUAUUGGAAAUGCAUCAAAGGCUUAAUAAGGAAGAAUUACCCACUAUACGCUGAUAGUUUCAUCCUCAGACAUUUCAGAAAGCGCAGAGACUUGGACUGAUCAGGCUGUGACUUGAGGAAGCUUCCGGUAUUUUAGUAAUAUUCUAAUGAUGAUCAUUAUUUGUUUUGUUUAUGUUACUAAAGUGAUGUAUCGUUAUGCUUUUAUACUUUGAUUCUUUUUCCCCUUUUCAUUUUUCA